AUGCACUGUGGAGUUCUGUGCCGCUUCCUGGUGCUUUGGCCUUAUCUGUCUUCCAUAGAAGCGGUGCCCGUCCGCAAAGUCCAGGAUGACACCAAAACCCUCAUCAGGACGAUUGUCACCAGGAUCACUGAUAUUUCACACACGCAUUCUGUCUCCUCCAAGCAGAGAGUCACUGGUCUGGAUUUUAUCCCCGGACUUCACCCUGACCUGAGUCUGUCUGCGAUGGACCAUACACUGGCCACCUACCAACAGAUCCUAGCCAGUCUGCCUUCCAAAAACGUGGUCCAGAUCACCAAUGACCUGGAGAACCUCCGUGACCUCCUCCACCUGCUGGCUACCUCCAAGAGCUGCCCCUUGCCCCAGGUGCCCCAGGCUCAGGAACUGCAGACAUUGGAGAGCCUGGAUGGGGUCCUGGAAGCCUCACUCUUCUCCACAGAGGUGGUGGCCCUGAGCAGGCUGCAGGGGUCUCUGCAGGACAUGCUGCAGCAACUCGACCUUGACCCUGGGUGCUGA